CUCCCCUGCUCCUAGGAGGCCUUCCGGGCGUGGGGGGCAGCUUCCGGUCCGCGGCGUCCUUUUUCCCCCCUUCCCCGCGCGCCCCGUGCGCUUGGGUUCCGCCUCCGACCUGCAACGACGCCAGGCCGGGCGAGCGGAGGGAGCCGCCGUGGGAUGCUGUGGGGCCGCCGUGGGGCCGAGGAGACGGACAGGGCGGCGGUCCGGCGGCUCCUGAGAGCCGGGCGGGUGGUCAGGGGUCAAGUCAUGAAGAACUGGGGGGUGAUCGGUGGGGUGGCGGCUGCUCUGGCCGCCAGCGUCUACGUCCUGUGGGGUCCCAUUGCGGAGAGGAAAAAAAGCCGGAAAGGGCUGGUGCCAGGCCUGCUGAACCUGGGGAACACGUGUUUCUUGAACUCCCUCCUUCAAGGAUUAGCUGCCUGCCCCUCCUUCAUUAAGUGGCUCGAAGGGUUCACCAGCCCUUUCCCGGCUGGACCGAGCGAGACGCCGGGGCGCCAGUCUUUGUCUGUCACUCUGCUCCACCUCCUGCAAGCAUUAUCUGGCCAAGAAGAAGCUGAGGAUGAACUUCUGGAUGCCAGCUGUUUGUUGGAAGUCUUAAGGGCGUACCGGUGGCAGAUCUCCUCCUUCGAAGAGCAGGAUGCUCACGAGCUCUUCCACGUCCUUACCUCCUCGCUAGAGGACGAGCGAGACCGCCAACCGUGGGUGACGCCUCUCUUCGAUGUGCAAUCGCUGGAGCAGCCAGAAAGGCCCCAGAAGCAAAUAUGCUGCAGAACAAGAGGGUCACCUCAUCCCCUCUUGAGCCACUGGAAGCUGCAGCAUCCUUUCCAUGGGCGAUUGACCAGUAACACGGUGUGCAAGCGGUGCAAAUGCCAGAGCCCUCUGAGGUACGACACCUUUGACAGCCUAUCCCUGAGCAUUCCUGCUGCCGUGUGGGGCCACCCCCUGACGCUGGACCGCUGCCUCCAUCACUUCAUCUCCUCCGAGUCGGUCAAGGGUGUUGUGUGUGACAAUUGCACCAAAAUCCAGACAGAGGAGAACGGGCGCGGUCACAUCCGAGAGAACCAGAGAACCACCUUCGUGAAGCAGCUAAAACUGGGGAAGCUCCCUCAGUGUCUCUGCAUCCACCUGCAAAGGCUGAGCUGGUCCAACCACGGCAUGCCUCUGAAGCACAACGAGCACGUCCAGUUUGGCGAGUUCCUCGUCAUGGACGUCUACAAGCAUCGUUUCCCGACCCAGAAACCGAAGGCCGUGGACGGCAUCCCCCAGGCGCUGGCGGAUGCCAAAGAGGAUCCAGAGCAGCCGGAGAGCUGCAGACCUUCUUUCCUCAAUGGCACCUGCUCCCCUUUGCUGGUGACCUCCCCGGUGGCUUUCCCGUGUGUGGCCAUUCCAGACUGCAGCUCCCCGACGUAUCUCUACCGCUUGAUGGCGGUCGUGGUCCACCAUGGGGACAUGCAUUCGGGGCACUUCGUCACCUACCGCCGCUCCCCACCCUCGUGCAAAAACCCGCUGGCUGUCAGCAACCAGUGGCUGUGGGUUUCGGACGACGUGGUGCGCAAAUCGACCCUGCAGGAGGUCCUGUCAUCCAGUGCCUACCUGCUUUUUUACGAGCGCAUCCGCUCGAGGGCGCCGUCCCAGCAGCAAAGCGCCGUACUAUGCGCUGAGGAGUGACCUGGACGCCCUCCUGCCCUGAUCGGAAAUGGGAGGUCCUUCUCCAGAGGUCCAUGGGAUGCCUCCCCUUGCCCUGUGCAGAUUUCUCCGUCCCCUGAACACUCAGCCCGUGCUCCGGUGACAGCAGCCAAGCACCUCCACUGACAGGAUGUGGCCCGAAGCUGGUGCACUAGCUGUGUCCGUGUGUGUCCCUGUGCUAGGGAAAGUAUUCUUGUGCGUCUUCCCCUUAAAUGUUUCCAGCUGGAGGAUUUAAAGCUGAGACCACAUCUUCUGCCGUGUGCGUUGCGACGAAGCUCCUUCGGGGCCACCUUCCGGAAGGGUUUUGCUUUCGGAACGCGCUCGGCCAGGUGACCGGCCGUGAAGCGCCUUUCGGUGUGCCGAGUACAGAAACGAACCUGUAAAGUGCCUUGACCUCUUAAUUUUCAGCCCCACAAGAGUCUCGCCUGCACUAAGGCGAAGGGCUUUCCACGUGACUGCGGCUCUGAAACCCCAGGAAGGAGAAAAGAGGACUGAGAGGGCGCGCCAGGCUGGUCUCCCCGUGGCGUCUGUGUGUGUCUGUCACUCGGCCACCAGCCCCGUGUCUGUGAUAUGACACAAGCACGUCGGGUAGAAGGGUGGAAUUACGUAUGAAGUCUCUCUCCACCCUUGCUGAUGAUGGUCCCCCUCGAAAUCAUGUGAAUGGUCGAUCACGGUGAUUGGGCCCGGUCUUGAGAAGGCAGCUUAGCAAAGAAAGGAACCCCUUCUCCUGUUUCUCAAGAGAUCUACUAUUACCAAAUCAACCUCUAUUUGUCUUUGCUGGUUUUAAACCUUCCAACCUUUUUGUACAUGUUUAAAGCUGCUAAAUAUAAACUGUGGUUCUUGUUUUCAA